CACGGUAUUCUUCAUGUGGUGUGUUUGCCAUUGUCAAAAUCUCACAGAAGGAAGGCUCUUGUCUUCACCUCCAAGAGGCAAAUGGCCACAACCUGUCUGCUGCUCAGAACGGAAAGGAUUAGCUAAAGGUCUAAUCCUCACAUGAGCCAAGAACACACAGACAAUACGCUGUCUUUCACUGUAACACUGUGAGCAAAUGUAGAUAUUUAACAUAGUAGAAUUUUCUCUGGUAUGAGAGAUUAUAAUGUUCUAACAGACUCCUCUAUGUAUUACAAAUCUGAUCAAUAUCAAUCUGACAUUUUAGAACUAAUUCAGAUCUGAUAACAUAGUUUCAGUGCUUCUCUUGUAUAUCUCUAGUUAGUGUUUUCUUGCUCGAAUGCACCAAUUGUAAACUUAUGAUGGGCUUGAUAGUGAGCAGAAUUGGGGAAAUUCUAAAGCACAAUGCAAUAAAUAAGGCUCACUCCAUAAAACUGACAUGAGGAAAAAAUUCAAGAAAAAGGAAUUUUAAAGAACAUGCCCACUCAUGCUGACAUUACCAUCAGACAUAAUGGCAUAUGGGUCAAAAGAGAACAUCUCCACUCACAUGAGUUAUGGCGCUUCACAUUUAAUGUCUGGCACAUGUAACAAGGACAAAAAAAAAAAAAAGAAGAAAUAUCAAUAAAAAAAACAUCUGAGAUGCCAAUAAAUAAGUUACAGAGGUUGAAAGUAAUCAACAAUUUAGACCAAGCUCUGGUAACUUGAUUAUUUAAAGAUAACUCUUUAGUCUAAUUUGAAUCCAAUCAAAAAGAAGGAUUCAGAACACCGCAGAAUGUUCUGUGGAUUGAUGAGUUGAAAGUGGAACCGUUUGGAAGACUGGGGUCCCGUUACAUCUGGCGUAAACCAAACACAGAAUUCAACAAAAAGACAUCAUACCUACGGUGAAGCAUGGUGGUGGAAGUGUGAUGGUGUGGGGAUGCUUAGCUGCUUCAGGGCCUGGGCAACUUGCAAUAAUUGAGGGAAACCUGAAUCCUGCUCUCUAAGAGAAAAUCCUAAAGGAGAAUGUCCGAUCUUCAGUCCAUAAGUUGAAACUCAAGAGCAACUGGAUUCUGCAGCAAGACAAUGAUCCAAAGCAUCGGAGUAAAUCCUAGUCCUAGAAGUAAGUGAUUAGUUUUUCACAUUGGUGAUAGGUGUCGGAUAACUUUUUUUGUUUCAAUAAAAAUUUUUUUUAAAAAACACUAUGGUGUAUAUACUCCGGUUGCCUUUGUUUUAUGUUGUAUUUCAUUUGAAGAUCUAAAACUAUUUAGUAUAAGAUAUAGACAAAAACAGAAAAAAUCAGGAUUCACUGCAAUGUUACAUUUUAUUGCCAAUGAUUUAUAUACACAUUUGAAUGACUGCAGUUUUCAUAGUCACUCAUAACUAUGCAAAAGCCACACAUAGACAAUAACAGUUUGUGUUAAGCGUUACUCCUGUAGAUGUAACUGCUGUACCACCACACAGAAUCAUUCAUCAAAUAAGUAAAGAAUACAACCAUGGGUCUGCUGUUACAGGAAAAUAAUGAACGAUGUGUGGUGUGAUGCAGCCUGGUGGUGUAACAGAGUUACUGUUACUACCCUGGAGUUGAUUAUUUUUGUUUCUCUUAUAUAAACAUUCCUACAGCAAUUUGCCAAUGAUUACAAGUGUUGAUUGUUAAUAGUUAAAUAUAAUAUUAUGGAACGAUCAUGAAAUGAGUUAAAUCAUUUAAAGCUUACAUUACAUGGACCUCAAACAGUUCUUUCCUCACCAUCCUCUCUUUUUUCUAUUGAGAAACGGGACAGCCCGCUGUCCUGAACAUUCUCCCAUGGUGUAAAACUUAAAAGUAAAUAGCUUUACCUCCAUUACAAAGCUCUGACACUGGAAACACUGUCCUAAAUGUUAAACGUUUUACUGAAGCUGCACCAUAUAAAUGAUUUUUUUUUUAUAUAUAUAGAAAAUUUAUUAACACCCUCUGACCAAUCAGAUUUGAGAAUUCAAUAAUAUUAAAUAUUAAUUAAUAAUAUUUCUUUGCACAAAAGCGGUACAAGUUCCUGAAAAAUGUGUCUUUGACAGCGCUCCCUUAUGGAAUCAGGUGCAUCUAAGGAUUAUCCUGAAGGCACUUCCCUCAGAUCCUAUUAGCCCUGUGAUCCCAUUAAGGACAGAAACACUGCAAUUGGCUGGCCAAAGUAAUAACCUCACAUUAAAAAAAAAAAGCAGCCAGUGUCCCUCGUUGUCCUUCAUAUUUUUGAUGUGUAUAUCUCUGGACAUGUUAUCAUUAUAUGUAUGUUAAAAGCCGUGUGACGAUAUGAAAGCAGUUUGCUGGCAUGGUUAGGGUCUGUUUGUCCCUGAGGCAAUGCAAUGAUUAUUUUAAACAGCAGCACAAUGACUAGGGUAACUUCAGCCCUAGCGGAAAAUCCAUUUUAUGCAUUUCUUUGUUGCACAUGUAAUCUGUUUAAGAAGAGAGAGAAAAAAAAAAAACUAUAAUAGUACAGUGUCAACUGACAGAUGUGGUUUCCAAUAGAUUAAUUUGUUAAAUGAUGCUGUAAAAAAACUUGUAAUAUAUUUAACAUGACCAUAUAGUUCUAUGUGCCUCACUCCCAAUGUUCCCGAGAGACUCCCGUUCGCCCAGUGAGGAUUAAUAAAUGAAUAUACAGUAGUUCUAUGUGUAUACUUAUGUUUAGCAUUAAAAAAAAAAAAAAAAAAAUGUAUGGAAGUAGUCUCCUAUGUCAGCACUAUGUAACAGUCAGUAAGUUUCCAGAUAUUGGAAAGUCUUCAGUAUAGAGGAUUUUGUACUUUCUGGUUUCUCAGUAACAUCAUGAGCAGCAUUUUAAAAAAUUAUAUAUAUAUGUAUAUAAUUAAAUUCAAGAGGGAUAGGAAAAAGAGAGAGGCUGAAGAAGGAUGAAACAGUUUACAACUGCUAUAAUGUAAGUGAGGGGAAAUAUGUUUGGAGGAACCCUAUCCAGGGUGUACCCCACCUUGUGCCCGAUGCUCCCUGGGAUAGGCUCCAGGUUCCCCGUGACCCAGUAGGAUAAGCGGUAUGGAAGAUGGAUGUACUAAAUGUAACUACAAACAUAAAAAGCAUAAUGUAUCAUUUAUUACUAAAUUUAAAAAAAAAAAACAUUUACUGGAAAAUAAUGAAAGUUAGGUGGUAUGCAUGUUUCUUUAUCUUGCAUGCUUCAUUAGUCUUCUUGCAAUUGGUCAUGUCCUGCCAGCACUGCGUAUGUCAUGCAUGUAUUUUGCACCAUGGGUCUAUAGGAGAAACUUUAACAUCAUACCAAUCUGUUACUGUUUAUCUUCCUAUAAUAGUACCCCCUGUUAGUGUUUUAUUCCUUACAUACAGAGGAUACAAAAGAGGUUAGAGACAGUUUUUUCUUCACUCACCUGCAUGACUGAAGACAGUUGGAUUCCCUGAGCUUCACAUGUCCAGCUCUCAUCUCAGUGGUAUUUUUAGCUGUGAUUUAGCUGUGUGUGUGUGAGAGAGAGAGAGAGAGAGAGAGAGAGAGAGAGAGAGAGAGAGAGAGAGAGAGAGAGAGAGAGAGAGAGAGAGAGAGAGAGAGAGAGAGAGACAGACAGACAGACAGACAGACAGACAGACAGACAUUACGCUCUGGCUCGGAGCCAAACUGCACACUACUGCAGGUGUGUAACUGUUCAGGCAUACUAUUUAGUAACCUUGGGUAAUAUGCAGGUUUGGACCUAACCCUCCAAUCUCUCACUGUGGGAACAGCAGCAGGGGGUCUUACUGGCUUUUAAGUGGAGCACUGAAACCUGAGGAGCUUUAGUCAUGUCCUCUACCAGAGCUCUGGAGGCAGUGAACAUCCCGUGGAGGAACAACAACUUCAGCCUGCUGAGUAAAGAUGCGCCGCUGUCCGACCAGGGAGACACGAUCAUCGGAGUUUACCUGCUGCUGCUCGGUUGGCUGUCAUGGUUUGGAAACAGUAUAGUGAUCUUUGUCCUGUUUAAGCAGAAGGCGACUCUGCAACCCACAGAUUACCUCACUCUUAACCUGGCCAUAUCAGACGCCAGCAUCUCAGUGUUCGGAUACUCCCGUGGCAUCCUUGAGAUCUUCAACGUGUUUCGGGAUAACGGAUACCUCAUCACAUCAGUGUGGACCUGCCAGGUGGAUGGCUUCUUUACUCUCCUCUUUGGCCUGGGUAGCAUUACCACUUUAAGUGCCAUCAGUGUCACCCGAUACAUAAAGGGAUGUCACCCAAGCAAAGCUCACUGUAUCACAAACAACACUGUAGGUAUGAGUAUCCUGUUUAUAUGGAUUUCAGCUGUAUUCUGGUCUGCAGCUCCACUGGUGGGCUGGGGAAGUUAUAUAGAUCGAGGGUAUGGUACCUGUGAGAUUGACUGGGCCAAAGCAAAUUACUCCACCAUUCACAAAUCCUACAUCAUCACCAUCCUGAUCCUUUGUUUCUUUGUUCCUGUGUUCAUCAUGCUGUUCUGCUACGUGUCCAUCAUCAACACUGUGAAGAGAGGCAACGCCAUGUCAGCAGACGGAGACUUGACUGACCGACAGAGAAAGAUCGAGAGAGAUGUUACUAUAGUUUCAGUAGUCGUCUGUACAGCGUUCGUCCUGGCUUGGUCUCCAUAUGCCGUGGUGUCCAUUUGGUCAGCAUGCGGCUUUCAUGUACCCAGUCUGACCAGCAUCUUCACCCGGCUGUUCGCCAAGUCUGCAAGCUUCUACAACCCACUCAUCUACUUCGGCCUCAGCUACAAAUUUCGCAAAGAUGUUGCUGGGCUCAUGCCAUGCACCCGGCAUCGCAAUGAUCCAGUCAAGCUCAAACGCUACACACACGUGAAGGCCAAAGGAGACGAGCAUCACAGGUACAGAGCUGAAGGACAUUACGAGUGCAUUCCUGCUCACCAACAGGCCAAGAAGGAGCCCCAGGCAAGAGGAAUUAACAUUGUACCCAGCCCUGACUCCGGCUUGUGCAGCCAUCCCCGCACUCCUCCUCCAUUCACCAAGCAGGUGCAUUUCAUUCAGAUGCCCGAAACAUCUGAAUCCCUCGAGUAUGAGUCUGACAGACUGUAGAAUGUGGUGAAUCAAUCUGUAACUAUUCUGUUUGGAAUUUGAAAACACAUGAAAAACAUGACCAGUAGAACUGAAAAGCUAUUUUUGUA